GCAGUCCCUCCAGAAGAGGAAGAGAUGAACGCUGUUGCAGAAGUACAUGUACAUUCAGGUGGUGCCAGGAACUGUGUCUCUAUGUGCCAAUUAUUUAGGUCAAAAAUAGAGAACUAGAACAUCACAACCAAAAGAAGCGCCAAUUUUUUUAGAAGAAAAAACAUCUACAUCACAACAGCAACAUCAAAAAUCAUGUCCGGUAACAGUGGUGUUGUCGGACAGGAUGCCUUCAUGUGCGAAUUUCAGUACUUUCCUGGAAUCCACCCCAAAGGAACGCCAGCGAGUAUGGCUGGAGCUCGGGUCAAACUCCCUUGGAACGAUUAAGGCUUGUUGACAAGAAUAGAAUGAAUUCAUCUGAUGGAUCUUCAGAUGUGCGUCUCUCUUGACACGGUCGUUUCGAACAAGGGGAUACUUUAAUUAUAAUUGAUUUAAAAAGUGAAGAAAGGUUAAAGACACGCUUCUUCAAAGUGAGUGUUCUUUACAGGGAACAAGGUCUAAAAUGAAGCCGUAGUGCAAGAAGGCAAAGGCUGGGGAAAAUUGAUCGUCGGAUCGCGACCUCAUCAUAGGAGACCGCACUUGAUGGAAAAAGUUGGGAGACUUGGGACAUCGACUGCUACUGGAGGUAGUGUAGGCGUAGAGAGUCUUAAAACAGGAGCUAGAGCAGAUCCAGAUAUCAAUCCAAACCCAAGAACGAACACUAUCGCACAAACGAACAUCGCCGAAAUGCUUGGAAGCGAAGUCAUGGUGCAUCUUACUAGUAACAACGGUCAUGAUGUAGAUGCGGAUCAUAUUGAUGCUGAUGCAGCUGUCGCUGCUGCAACUGCAAGAAUGGAUAAACUAAAACUUCUUGUUGGUGAAGAAAAAUCCAUUGGGGAACAAGGUGCUCGUGGAGGUGCAAUGAAAGACAAAAGUGUAGAACAUGGGGCGUCAACCUCUUCUAAAAAUCACUACAAAUAUAACAAGUCGAAGAUGCCACCUACUUCAUCUCCCAGCGGCCCUCCUACGGCUGACAAGAAGUUGCCGACUGAAGAUCAUAAUCUUGAUGCAGCAGCAGGUCGUGCCCCUUUCGCUGCAGCAAAAGAACUGAAUGACACGAUUGGUGGCCUGAUACACGCACGUGAAAUAUUCAAGCGUCGCGUAGCACGCUUCUCUGGAGGAUCCGCGACUUCUGCCUCGACCUCAAAUAAUAUUAAGGGUAGGUAGUUACAGGUGCUGUUCUUACCGCUUUUUAUGCCUCUCCUAAGGGAGAAAGGCAUAACAAGCGGGGUAAGCGAGCACCAAGAACCUACCUCUAAUAAUAAGCAUGUCUUGAAAAUUGGCAAGGAUUCCCUGUUCAUUGGUGAUGUGGAGAAUGCGAAAGUCACUACCACAACCACUUCAAGCGCAUCAACAUCAUCGAAGAGACCACACGGUGAAGGCGUUCUGAUCAUCGACGCCACCAAUUAUAGUAAAAAUAAGGGAGGUGGAGAUCCAGGAGCAACAUUGAUCACGAGGACAAAUACGCAACACAUCGGUCGCUUCGAGCAUGGGCGAGCGCAUGGAGACGGGGUGUUUUUGAGCAGUGCAGGCCUUGUGCUUCUGGGGAAGUGGGAGGAGAAUAAGCGGGUAGGCGAAUUCCGCUGUCUCGAUGCCACAGGUCAAUGGUGGCUGGAAAAAUACAACAGAGAAGGCAAGAAAGUGGCGAGGAAGAAAAUUCCCUCUAGUAGUAGUACUGCAGCGUCAACAACGACUGCGGGUGCGGACCAGGGUGACAGUGUUGUAGAGUUGAAGCAAGACGAAGCCACCAAGACAACUUUGUUAGCUGCGCAGCAAUGUUUACGGCCAUUCCCAAAAAUGAAUGCUGAGGCUUCGAUCGAACAGUGCAUGGGCGGAUGCCUUACACCACCUAGCUGUUCUUGGUUGAGGAAAAUCAUUUGAGAUGCACUGAUGAGGAUAGGUAAGCAGGACCAGGUCAUGCAUCCUCAUGAUUGAGAGACUUUCUUCUUUUUCUUCCUCUAACCUAAGCUAAAUGCUCUAGUCGUUUCCAUGCAGAAUACAACCACUCGCUUGCUUGCCGAGUUCAUGUAGCGAACUUUGUGCGCGGGGAGGGAGAAGACGGAAACCUUGGCAUCUGGACCUGCUGUGGCAGUCGUGAUCCCAAUGACUCAGGAUGCAACUUCGGGAGACAUGUUGCGGAGGUCGUGGUGUAGACGAAGUAGAUGGUGGUGCUUGGUGGAUGAGUAGAUGUUUUUGUUGAAAAUUUGCUAUUCUCACUCUGAUGCAUCAAACAAGAAACCGUGAUGAGUCACAAAAUGAAGGGAAAUAUACCCCCCGCACAGGACGAAGCUGGAAAAUAUGACAGCUUUUGCUUUGUACAGAGAAAUCUCAAACUUGUGAAGAAUAAAGAUGUUCUCCACUUCGAUAAGAAAUUUAGAAAGGAAUUUCCCAUGCACAGUGCAAAAGAAGACACCUGGCAUCUUCAAGACAAG